CCGUGCCGGGCCGCGCCGUGCCGUGCCGGGCCGUGCCGGGCGAUGGCGGGGCCGGGCGGAGCGCAGCGGGGCCGCUUCGCCGUGGUGGGCGGCGGCAUCGCGGGGGUCACCUGCGCCGAGAAGCUGGCUGCAGAAUUCCCAUCAGAAGACAUUUUUUUAGUGACAGCUUCCCCAGUUAUAAAAGCUGUAACUAAUUUCAAGCAGGUCUCCAAAACACUUGAGGAAUUUGAUGUCGAAGAGCAACCAAGUUCCCUGUUAGAAAAACGAUAUCCCAAUAUUAGAGUUAUACAGUCUGGAGUGAAACAGUUGAAAAGUGAUGAACAUAAAAUUUACACUGAAGAUGGGAAAGAAUACAUCUAUGAAAAACUUUGCCUGUGUGCUGGAGCCAAACCAAAAUUAAUUGUGGAAGGGAACCCAUAUGUAUUAGGAAUCCGGGACACUGACAGUGCACAGGCUUUUCAGAAGAAUUUGGCUCAAGCUGAGAGAAUAAUGGUGGUAGGAAAUGGUGGGAUUGCCCUUGAAUUAGUGUAUGAAAUUCAAGGCUGUGAAGUAAUCUGGGCUAUCAAAGACAAAGCCAUCGGGAACACUUUCUUUGAUGCAGGAGCAGCUGAAUUCCUCCUUCCAAAGCUCACUGCUGAAGGCCAGGAGACUCCCAUCGAGUGUAAAAGAACCAAGUACACAGUGGAAGGAAGUGAGGAGAAAGGAAGACCUGCAGGAGCAUCUGACAAGCUGGGCAGUGCCUUAGGCCCUGACUGGCACGAGGGCUUACACCUUAAAGGGACUAAGGAGUUUUCUCAUAAAGUACAUAUUGAAAUACUGUGUGAAGUAAAGAAAAUAUACUUACAGCAAGAAUUUACCCAACUGCAGCUGACUUCCUUGACUUUUCCUAAAGGAGAGAAAAACGUAGAAGCAGAUGAGGUGCUGUGGCCUGUAUAUGUGGAAUUAACUAAUGGAAAAAUUUAUGGAUGCAAUUUCAUUGUCAGUGCAACUGGAGUUGUGCCAAAUGUUGAACCCUUUCUUGAUGGCAAUAAUUUUGCUGUGGCUGAGGAUGGAGGGCUGAAGGUAGACAAGCACAUGCACACGUCGCUGCCAGAUGUGUUUGCAGCUGGAGAUAUCUGCACAGCAGCGUGGGAGCCCAGCCCCGUGUGGCACCAGAUGAGGCUGUGGACCCAGGCUCGGCAGAUGGGAUGGUAUGCAGCAAAGUGCAUGGCAGCAGAUGCCUUAGGGGAAUCUAUUGAUAUGGAUUUCAGCUUUGAACUAUUUGCUCACAUAACAAAAUUUUUCAAUUACAAGGUGGUGGUUUUGGGGAAGUACAACGCUCAGGGCCUGGGCUCAGAGCACGAGCUGAUGCUGAGGUGCACCAAGGGACACGAGUAUGUCAAAGUGGUGAUGCAGCACGGCCGCAUGAUGGGAGCUGUGCUCAUCGGUGAAACGGACUUGGAAGAGACCUUUGAAAACUUAAUUUUAAAUCAAAUGGAUCUUUCAGCCUAUGGUGAAGAUCUCCUAAAUCCAGAUAUUGACAUAGAAGAUUACUUUGAUUGAACAAUACCCCAUUCCCUGUUUGUAUGAAGCUUUGCUAGCAAGUCAUACACCUUAGAAAACUGUUUUUUUCGGGAUUGGGGAUAAAUGCAAAGACUUUGGGUUGAUCUUGCCAAAAUACUGACGGGUUACUGCCACAGGUACCAGCUAAUGGUGCAAUCUCUGUUGAGCUGGCUCAGAUGAACAGAGAAGAGUUUUAGGGCACAGGGUGCUCAGAGCUCUUGCUGCCUAGAAUGUAAGUUGCAAAUUCAUGGCCUUACUCCAUUUUUUCCCCCCCCCAUAAGUUUACUUCUGAAAUAAAUAUAUUUUCUAUUCAGUUAAGUAGAGAACACAAGCUUUGUACAAUGAAAGCCAGGAUGAGAUGUCAGUUGAGAGCAGCUUUUGAGCUGCUUGUCCCUUCAGUCCAGGUGUUGGGGUAGAGCUGCACUGUACUGGAUAGUGCCAGCCCUGGACAGCAACUGUUUCAUCCUGGCUUUGAUUUUGUUCUACACUUGCUGCCUGAGAGUUGCUAUUUAUUUUGGGUCAAAUUGGGAACCAUUUAUUGUACUCAAUACAAAGCUGGCAGUACAUACUGAGACUUGUCCCAGACAAAUCACCUAAUGUUUUUUAGGAGAAUGACUUUUUAACUAAAUUUUCAAUUUUUGGCAAAGGUCUCAGCUAAAGGAUGGAUUAAAGACUAUAGGCUUUAGUCACUGUCACAAUUUUACCAGAAAAAUAAAGAUGAAGAGCAUGUUC